AUGCCUGACCUCAGCAGUGAUGGGCAGUGUUUGCCGGUCUUCUUGGCUGUGGUGGUGAUGGCGGUGGCAGUGGUGGCUGUGGGGGUGGUGGCCAGGCAGCAGCAGGGUCCCCUCACCUGCUGGUCCUGCCUGGCUCACACACAAGGGCCAGACUGCUACGACCUGGACUAUGAGAACAUGACCCUCACCAAGAUGUGUAACCCAGAGGAAGUGUUCUGCACGGUGAAUCGCAUCUGGUACGUGGUGGAGGCAGGAGCUGAGGCGAGGAACUUGAGUGUGAACCGUACCUGUGCCGCCGACUGCAGCCCGUCCUGUGUGGUGAUUGGCGACAGGACCAAGAUCCACUCCUGCACCUCCUGCUGCACAACAUCAUACUGCAAUGUAGGCAGCUCAGCCUCAGCCCGGCCCACGGCCAGCAACCACCUGGUGGUGGCCGCCGCUCUGCUGCUGGGGGCCUGGAGUGGCCUGGUCUUGCCCCGGACACAUACCCUGCCGGCUGGCUGAGCCAAGUCUGCUUUGCUUUGUUUACAAAUUAUAAGAUUAAGUAUUUUUGUAAAAGUACCAACGUAACUUUUGAUAACUCUUAUGCACUAGUCCUAUAGCAUGUGCUCUCUGCUGUAAGAACUAAGGGGUGAUUUCCAAAUAGCAUUGAAGGUGCCAGUAAACAUUUACUAUAAGAGCAUACAAGCCCAGCUUUCUUUAUAAGUGCCAGAGCUAUGUUACAGUGCUUGCUUCAGCGAUGCAUUCCCUCCCUCUGAUAUCAGCGGCGGAGAGCUUAGCUAGACGGUACCUGAGUGGUGUGGCAGUGUGGCAGCAGCGGCAGUACAGUGGUGAGUGGUACAGUUGACCUACCAGAACCCUGUGGUGUAUUGUUGUGGUGGACAUGUGCCCUGCUGAGGCUGCCUCAGCCACAUACUAGCUUGUUAAUUAUUGUUGGUUGUUAAUUUAUAAAAGAUUUAAAAAGAAUUUCAUCAGGUUAAGAUUAUUUCUCUAGCUGACAAACAGCCAAGUGUUUGGUGUUAGCAGUGUCAGAGUAAUGCCUCAGUGGUGCCAAUGUUUCCUACUUGCUGGAGUCCUGGCAUGCUGGCAGUGUGGGGUGUGGCAAGGUGUGACGGGAGGUCAUUGCAAGAACAACUUUAUUAAUGUUAACAGGUGUACUGAGAUAAUGGGACUCACUGGAGAGUGUUGUGUGGCAGGGUCAGCCACUCACUGUAUUGCAAGGGAAGAGAGUCAUGGGCCUUACUGGCAGGGUGUUGCUGUGUAGUGCCCAGUCUCUCUCUCUCUCUCUCUCUCUCUCUCUCUCUCUCUCUCUCUCUCUCUCUCUCUCUCUCUCUCUCUCUC